GCACACUUUUAGCGGAGUCGCAAACUCGUGUGGGGAUUUUCUAACAAAUGCACCCUGCCCUCGUACAAAUGGAUUGCCCCAGAACAGCAGGUGGCGCUGUGGGACACUUUACAAGAAGUGGCUGCGCGGGAAAUCAAGCUCUCCAGUCCGGCUGCUUCUAUAUGGAGUCCGCAGCUUUUCACGAUGAGCAGCCAGCAGAAGCCAGAGUAUGCCCAUAUUGAAAGGGCUGCAAGAAAUUUACUCCAACUUAUAACAGGAACAGAAACCAUUCAACAGUCAAGUCAGGGUCCACAUCAGUCCCAAGUUCAGGGACUCACUCAGAGUCAGUCUGUCAAUCAAGGGUCGAGUCAGGAGAGACAGGCCAGUGUCCAGCAGGAGAUGGCAAGGGCCUUUCCUGGCAUCUUCAAAAGAGAACGAGUCGGCGGUAAACGCAGAUUUCCUACACCACUGAAAACUGUUAAGCCAGCCACAAAAAUCACCAACCUGCAGUUUUACUUGCUUCCAAGACCCAUGAACAAGACCCCUGAAGGAUUUCAGGAGCUCAAGCUGUUAAUGGCAGGUUUGGGUAAACGUCAGAUAACCAUGCCUGAGAACAGCAACCAUACAGAGAUCUCAGAAUUGUUAGCCUCUGAAUAUCCUAAACUGGAGAAGUUGUCUGGUGGAUGGUUGCUGUACAAGGCAUCAGGAGGAAGUGGGCAGAGAAAACUGACAGUCAUCCCACCAGAGUCUGAAGGCUACAAUGCAAAACACUUGAAAAGUGUAUCCAACAACGGAAAACACAUUAUUUUUAUUGUUCCACUGCAAGAGGAAAUAGACAUCAUGCCGCUUCCUCAUGAUUCCCCAGAAUUCAGCAAAAUGCCGAAAUCGCAGUGCAAUACAUGUGGUGAAACUUUACCUUUGCAAGUUCUUGCUCUACAUGUGCAGGCCUGUACCAGGUCUUCUGAAGAUAGUGACCAAGAACAAGUAAAAGACAUGGAUCCUGAUGUUUGUUUUGUAUCCAGCAUUCAGAAUGAGUUGUCACCUGACGCGUCUAAGAAAAACUGUCCGAUAUGCCAAGUUGAGUACCCUGCUGACUGCAUUGAGAUGCAUGCUAGUUCAUGUGGAGAGAGCCCGUCAAAUCUGACUCUGUAUAUGACUGACAAAGCGCGGUCAAGAUUACUGGAUACUGAAGCAGGGGAGGGAUCAUCUGGUACAACUUUGCAUACCACACAUGUGCAGAAUAAGCCAGAUAACUUUCCCACAGUAUGUCCUGAUGCUAAGAAAGCAGAGGACUGGAAGACUAUACCAGACAUAGCCAGGACAGCACGCAUGGACAGGGAAACUGUGCUCGACAUUCAUGCAUCAGAGAAGCCUCUGCAUUUGCAUGUUGAUCUUAGGGACAGUGUCUCAGACCAAGAAAUGGCCCUGAUCAGAUUUUAUAAAGCAGGCAACAUAGAAUGGGCAAGGCCUCUGCAAUGCAGACUUGAAGGUGAUCCUGCCAUUGGCGAAGGAGUAAACAGAUUCUUAAUUUCCAUGGUUAUGCAGAAGCUGAAACUUGGUUUCUGUUUAAACUUUGGACAUGCAUGUGUUACAAGGCUGUUUGAUGGAGAGUCAGACCACCUUGUACCUUCAACAUCAGCAUUCCUAGUUGAGAGUGAUUUGUUUCUGAUGGCUGGCAGAAUGAUUGGCCACUGUUUUUUGCAUGGAGGUCCUGCUUUGUCAGGGCUUAGCCCUGCUGUUAUUCACAUACUUUCAGGAGGCAAAGCUGAAACAGCAGUUAUUGAAAUCUGUGACUGCCCUGAUCUUGAUCUUCGCGAGAAAAUUAAGCUGCUGGAAGGAAACUCUGAGCUGUCAGCAAGUGAAAAAGAGAGUGUCAAUGCUUUGUGUCUUUCAUGGGACCUUCCUGUAGUAACCAAAGGAAAUCGAAGAUGGCUCUUUGAUAAGUUGCUACAUCAUGCGAGCAUUCUAAACUGCAUCAGCUGGCCUACAAUUACAGAAGACGACGAUGACAACAGUCGCUCUGUCGAAGAUAAGAGCCGUGUGACUGGCUACCUCCGCCAGUUUAUUGAAAAUGCAUCCAGUGAUGAACUUAAAUCACUCCUGAAGUUCUGGGUGGGGUGGGAAGUUCCUGCUCUUAGCCUCACAGUGGAAGUCAUCGCCUGUAACUUACCAAAGUCCUCAACGUGCUUCGAAACUCUACGCCUUCCAGCCCACUACAAGGACUUUUCAAAGUUUAAGGAAGAGCUGCAAGCAUGCAUCAACACUUCUGACACUGGCUUUGGGCUUGUGUGAAGGAAAAAAAAAAAAGAAGACUGCCACUCUAUAGUCAAGUUCUUAAUGUUUUAUUUUUCAAAAAUAGUACAGUUCUGCCUGUCAAGCAACCCAAAUUAACUGUUUACUCUCAAACAAGUGUAGUUCUUUGUAUUCAGUUCGAUACACUUCUGAGUUUGUAGAUAAAAAAAAAACGUUUAUUCUUGUUCUUACAACACGUAUAAUCUAUGAUGAAAUAAUAAUAAUAAAAAAAAAAGUGUUGUUGAAUGCAGUACUCCAUUUGUC